AUGUCAAGUGCAGCGAAGGAAGUUUUGUUAAAGUUAGUGAUCCAAGCUCUACCUACCUUCUCUAUGAGUUGCUUCAAACUCACUAAGGGGUUGUGCAAGAAAAUAACAGCCAUCAUGGCAAAGUUUUGGUGGGCUGGUUCACUUGACAAACAAGGAAUGCAUUGGCAAUCUUGGGAUAAAAUGGCAAUCCCAAAGAAUAAAGGAGGAUUGGGGUUUCGAGACCUACAGAUCUUUAAUGAUGCAAUGCUUGCCAAGCAAGCAUGGAGGUUACUGGAUAAACCACAAAGUUUAUGUGCUCGUGUGCUUCGAGCUAGGUACUAUGCUGAUGGUGAUAUUUUACAAGCAAAUUGCCCAAAGAGUGCAUCACCAACAUGGAGAGCGAUUAUAAUCGGAAGGAAUGUGCUAAAGGAGGGGCUUAUCAGGAGGAUUGGAAGUGGACGAACUACAGAAAUUUGGCAUGACAGAUGGUUGCCAGGAACCAUCUCAAUGAGACCGGUCUGCAGGCUGUCCGAUGACCCGGUUCAAUUUGUUUCGGAUCUAAUGGAUGGUGAAGGACAGUGGGACGUGCAGUUGAUUCAGAGAAUGUUUAUACAUCCGGAUGUAGAAGCUAUCAUGAGUAUACCGCGUCCGAGGAGGGAAACGGAGGACUUUUGGGCUUGGGCAUGGGAGAGGUCAGGACUGUUUUCAGUUCAGUCGGCUUACCAUGCGAUGAUGGAGAGACGAGGGACUGAGGUCGCGACACCGUCCAGCUCGACGGACGACUGUGACAUAUGGAAGGCACUGUGGAGGCUGCGUGUUCAGCCAAAGAUCAGAGUCUUUUGGUGGAGGGUUUUAAAAAAAUUUCUACCAUCACAUGGCGAGCUGAAUAGAAGGCAUAUAAGAACCAACAAUGUCUGUCCGAUGUGUGGCUGUGAUAUGGAGACGCUAUUUCAUGCGUUGACUGAAUGCGAUCAUGCUUGCAGAUAUUGGGAGGCAGCGGAGGAGUGGUUUGAUUUUAAACUACCCAAGUUACACCCAUUAACAUGGGCGAGGGACUUACUGGAUGGGCAUGUUGUGAGCAGAGAUAAGAGUGCUAUAGCUAUAUCGGUGAUGUGGGCAAUCUGGAUGAGUAGAAAUAAGUACGCACAUGAAGAGAUCAAGUACCAACCUAUCCGAUCUAUGGAGAUUAUUGAGGAGUUUAUAAAAUCUUUGGAUGUCCCAGGCCCAGCACCGGUGACUAACUCUUUCAUUAUGGAGAGGUGGUCACCACCGGAGGAAGGUUGGACGAAAAUAAAUACUGACGGAGCAGUUUGUAAGCAAAGAAGAGUGGGAGGAGCGGCAGCAGUAGCACGGGACCAUUCGGGGUCUUUCAUUUGUGCGAGACAAACAAAGUAUGAUGAGAUGACUGAUCCUUUGGUGUUAGAGCUGACCGCAUGUCGGGAUGCAAUGCUUUUGGCAUUGACAAGAAAUCUGCAGAGGAUUGUGGUGGAAACGGACUGUCAGACAAUUUGUAAUCUGUGGAAGGCAGAGGAGGACAGGUCUAUUGGAUCUCUGAUGAUCCGUGAGAUGAAAUCAUAUCUCACAAAUUUGCAGGAAUUUAGAUUGAAAUUUGUUCGUAGAAGUGCUAAUAUCCCUGCUCAUCUUUGUGCUAGGGGGGCACUAGUUUUGACUGAUCAGUCUGUUGAUCAUGAUGUAAUUCCUGAAUUCCUGAUUGCGGCUGUGCAAUCAGAUUAUGUUCCGCCUAGUUAA